AUGGAACCAAAUAUUUCUAAUUGCGUUAGUUUAAAGGGCAAGACGAUCAGCCCGUUUUGGGGUAAACCUAACGACAACACUGCUGAAGAGAUCCAUCUUCCACUGCAAAAUCAUCAGCCCGUUGAGGCCUUCUCAAUACUCCCUCCUCCCCCAGAUGCUAAGUUCGUUGGGCGCCCGGAAAUCAUCAAAUGGUUGAGGCAGAAAUUUGAACGGUCUUUAACUCGGGUAGCCCUCGUUGGCCCUGCCGGUGUUGGAAAGUCACAAAUUGCUCUUCAAUACGCCCACCAAAUUCUCAAAAGCUCUCCAAGCACUUUUGUUUUCUGGAUUGAAGCUAGUGACAGAUCACACUUCGAAAAUGCAUUUCGGGAUAUCGCUCGCCGUCUCCAGCUUCCGAGUCAUGAUGAUCCCGACAUCGACGCCCUGCCCUUGGUUUCAAGCUGGCUUUCGCAACCAGAAAAUGGAACCUGGCUCAUGGUAGUGGACAGCGUCGAAAAUACGGACGUUUUCUAUUGCAGGAAGAAUAACCACUCUCGAUGUGUUGGACGGUCGUGUCUACCGACCAGUCCAAAUGGCUCCAUUAUCUUCACGUCUCGGAACCCUAGCUGUCUGCUGUUGGAAAUGCUGGACGGUGACCUGGAAUUUUACAAUGCGACAUACAAAGUCCCAGUCAUGAACAUAUACCAAGGUUUCCAGCUUCUACGGAACGAGCUUGAUGCCGGACUAGGGGAUAACCCUUCGCGCAUGGCUGACCUUGUGUAUGCUCUGGGCUGUGAGCCUCGAUCUAUUACACAAGCUGCCAAGGUCCUCAAUUUUCGUGGCUUGAAGAUCUCAGAGAUGUCCGAAAUGGAAGAGUUCCGAGAUCUAUGGCCGGAAAAGCAUGGAAAGGUCGAAAAACGCGGCUGUCUUCCCAAGGCAUGGCACAGAAACUUUCAACUUCUGCGACAACAACGAAGCCAGGCCGUUGACCUUUUAUAUCUAAUGAGUUUCUUCAGUGGGCCGCAAAGGAACAUACCAAAGCUGGUGUUAGUGUCAUUUGCGAAGCGACUCAACCAAUUUCAAGAUCUCAGCGAAGAAGCUGUUAUCCACUACUUAGACCAAGAACUUGCAUUCUUGAAAGAAAAUUACAUCCUUACUGAGACGGACGGUGGUGAACACAUAGUUUUGGCUCCCUUCGUCGGAUUCUGUACUCAGAUGUGGUUGUUCUAUCUCUGCGAACAGGGACUUUGGAAGGGCCGACUGCUCUACAUAAUGGCCCAAGAAUACUCUAGCGGUGUAUGGGACAGUUGGCAACUCUUCGAAAAGCUAGACGACUGCUUGCAGGCUGUUAUAUCCCUCAAGAUAUGGUCUAGAUUAGAUAAACUCAACGCAGCGACCAUAACUCUCAGUCUGGCAAAUUACAGGUCCAAUCAGGGACGGUUCAAGGAGGCCGAGUCAUUACUACGAAAUGUGAUUGAAAUAAGAGGUCAGUCACUCGGUCUAGAUGAUUUGGAGACAGUCAGAGCCAUGGAAAAUAUCGGGACACUCUUCCAUGUUCAAGGGAAAUUGGGCGAAGCCGAGCAGACGCUUCGUUUAGUACUUGAGGUAAAGGAGAGAGUGCUCGGCAGAGAACACAAGGACACUCUAUGCAGCGCUUUUGCGCUCGCCAAUUUGUUUCUGAAACUUGGAGAUUUCGCGGACGCAGAACGACGACAUCGCGAGACGCUUGUGACUCUCUUACAGGUACUCGGGAAGGAUCACUUUCACACUUUGACGAGCCUCGAUGGCCUUGGAGAAACAUUACGCCUUGCCGGAAUUCUUGAAGAGUCCGAGAGGACGCUCCAUCGUGCCGUAGACGGAAAAAUGAGAGCCCUCGGCGCAGAGAAUCCGCACACUAUCUCAUCCGUUUAUGGUCUUGCAGCGACGCUCAUGUGCCAAGGAAAGCAUGAACAUGCAGAGAAGCUGUAUCGACAAGGUCUUGAAGGGUGUGAGAAGGCACUUGGGAGGUAUCACCCCACAACUCAGAUUGGAAUUCAUGGCCUGAUACAUUCUUUGGAGGAACAGCAUAAGGAUGAGGAAGCACACCGCGUCAAACAGUCAAUCUUCGGGGAGGGCAUCUGUGGAGUCGCUGAUUCUGCUAAAUUUGUUGGAGAGAAUGAUAUAAUUGGCCCUGUGCAUCGGUGCCAUAUCGAUAUUCUUGUUGGGUUAUAG